UGUCUUACAGGUCUCCGUAGGCUACUGCUCGCUCGCUCGCACAAUGUUUGCAGUGUAAAGAGUUGCAGAGUCAUGGUGGUGCACAACUGCCUCCCCUCUGCGUUUGGACGUGCGCCCGCAACACAUUUUUGGCUCUUGACUGCUGAGCCACGGUAGAGAGCAGAGGAGAGCGCUCGAUCUUAUUGGAUAAGCCUUGCGUAAAGUCCCCUACGUGGUUUGUGUGCGCCGUGUUCUGGUGUGUUAUAUGGAGUCAGCCAGCUGCUGUCGUCCAGGUGCGGCUCUGUAGUGCACGGUCGGUUUUGCUUAAACAGAGGCUGACUGAGCUCCAAACACAACUACUACGAAACGUGAAGGACUUCAGUUAAUCGAUCACAAGGAUCGGAAACAAUGCGUCGACAUUUUUGAGCUACCAUUGAUCAGCAGCACAAACACACGUGGUUGAAGAAAUCCAUGCUGCGAUACAUCUGAUUGCAGUUGCACAGUUGCCAACCACUUCCUCCUUUCUCCCAUGGAAGUCUAAAUGGCAGAGGACUCUCAGAGACGUCAGAAUGGAUUACUUUGAAAACCCCAAAGCCCAUCAAACGUGGACGCACGGCACAGCGCUUUGAUGGUCGUGGUUUUGACCCGUGCAUUGGGAACUGCCUGAUCCUGACACAAAUGCUGUCAGUCAUGUCGGGGCUUGGACGUGCGGAUGAGGGAGCGUUCUGUGGUUCACCGUUGGCCCGUAAGAUUGUUAAUUUUUUGGACGCAGAAACACGUGACAUUGACGCAUUUUUUGCAGCAACCGGCCUUUUCUCUGACCUGACUCCUGGCUGUGGCAGUGAUGACCAACAGCUAGUGCUGCAAUGCUGCCCACAUUCCUAAUUUCCCAGGACAUUACUACUCACUGAAUAGAUUUUAUUUGUAUUUUUUUUUUCCAAAAUGGAGGAUCUAAGGACAUCUGCUCACUGGAGCCUUUGCAUUGAUGAGAUAAAGACCAAAGGAGUUUCCUCUGUUGACAGUCUGACCACUUGAGCUAAGACUAUAUGACUGAACAGGUAACAACCCCUCAUCACUGGAAAAACUAAAUCUGGAGCGAUUCCUAUACCAUCUCCAGAAUGCAUUGCCCCAUAAGGAGGAGACGUCCAAUAUGCGACUUCUCAGCUAUCGUCGUUCCCUCAACACAGCUUUCCGGGUAUCUCGACUACACCGUGGAGACCCACGCCUCCAGAGCCCUCAAGGUCAUGGACGAUUUCAGGCAUCAGGAGAUGUUGUGUGACCUGGUGCUGCACGUCACGUACAAGGACAAGACAGUGGACUUCAAGGUGCACAAAGUGGUCCUGGCCUCCUGUAGCCCCUACUUCAGAGCCAUGUUUACAAGCAAUUUCAAAGAGUGUGGUGCCUCCGAGGUCACCCUGUGCGAUGUCUGCCCCCAGGUGGUGGGAAGACUCAUCGACUUUGCCUACACCUCGCACAUCACAGUGGGACAGAAGUGUGUGUUGCACGUACUUCUGGCUGCUAUGAGGUUUCAGAUUGAGGACGUGGCCAAGGCGUGUUGCGAUUUCCUCUUUAAACAUCUGGAACCGGGGAACGUCAUCGGCAUCGCCCGCUUCGCAGAAGACAUCGGCUGCACAGAGCUGCACCAGCAGAGUAAAGAAUACAUCAAUACACACUUCAGUGAGGUGAUCAAAGAGGAGGAGUUCUUCAGCCUCUCUCAUUGCCAGCUGCUGGAGCUCAUCAGCCAGGACAGUCUGAAGGUGCUCUGUGAGUCUGAGGUGUACAAGGCCUGCACGGACUGGGUCCGCUGGGACAUGGAGGGCAGGUCCCAGUACCUACACGCCCUCCUGAACGCCGUCCACAUCUACGCCCUGCCUCCGAAGUUCCUGAAGAAUCAGCUCGCCUCCUGCCCCAUCCUGAGCAAGGCCAAUUCCUGUAAGGAUUUCCUGUCUAAAAUCUUCCAGGACAUGACUCUGAGGAAACUUCCUCCUGCACCGCACCGUGGAACCCAACUCAUCUAUGUAGCCGGCGGAUACCGGCAGCAUUCUCUGGCCUCAAUGGAGGCCUUCGAUCCCAGCAGGAACAUCUGGAUAAAGCUGGCUGACAUGGGAACUCCGUGCAGUGGUCUGGGAGCCUGUGCCCUGUUUGGACUGCUCUACACUGUCGGAGGCAGGAACCUGUCGCUCCAAAAUAACACGGAGUCCAACGCUCUGUGCUGCUACAACCCCAUGACCAACCAGUGGAGCCAGCGGGCCCCCCUUAACAUCCCCAGGAACAGGGUCGGGGUGGCCGUGGUGGACGGCUGCAUCUACGCCGUCGGAGGCUCCCAGGGCUCGACGCACCUCAACACCGUGGAGAGGUGGGACCCGGAGUCUAAUCGCUGGUCCUUUGUUUGCCCGAUGUCGGUGGCUCGGCUCGGGGCCGGGGUUGCGGCGUGCGGGGGAGUUCUGUACGUGGUGGGAGGAUACGAUGGACAGAACCGCUGGAACACCGCUGAGAAAUACCAGCCCGACACUAACACCUGGCAACAGCUGGCUCCCAUGAACACUAUCCGCAGCGGACUGGGCUUGGCGUGUGUGAACGGUUACCUGUACGCUAUAGGUGGCUACGAUGGGCGGAGCCAGCUGUGCACCGUGGAACGCUAUAAUACGGUCAGGAACACCUGGGAGCCCAGGGCCUCCAUGCAGUACAGUCGCAGCGCUCACGGAGUCACCGUCUACCAGGGAUGCAUCUUUGUCCUCGGUGGUUUUAACCAGCAAGGCUUCCAGUCCAGCGUCGAGUGCUACUGCCCCGACAGAAACGAAUGGACGUGCGUCACCAACAUGCCCGUUGGACGCAGCGGCAUGGGCGUCGCCGUGACCAUGGAGCCCUGCCCCGGCAGCCUGCCAGAAGAAGAAGAGGGCGAGGAGGAGGCCACGUAGGAGGGGAAAACCCGGGGAAGUCUGUGGUGAUUAACUAAAAGGCGCGCUGCUCUUCAGGACGGGGGGUAAAGUGCAUUAAAGCAAAUGCGCGAUGCUCCGCGAUUAAGACAUCGCCGCCCUCGCGGAUGUGCGCCGUGCGCCGUGGAGCGUCCAGCAGGCGUUAUGGGAACUUUCAAGAGCAACGCAGAUGCAAACAAAAUGACGAUGAAGGAGGUGCUACGGACGUAAUCUAAAGUAAUAGUUAUUUAAUUGAAUAUUAUUUUCAUUCUUCAGUGUCCUCAUUUCUAAUUCCUCUCUCCGUCUCUUCCUACCUCUGUCUGUUCCUCUGUCCAAACUUUUCUUCCACGUCGACGUGUGCCAACGUAGUAGUUUUAACCCAAAGCUGCCAUUUUCUAAAUUAGAUUUUUGUUGUUUUUGUUGUCAUGUGAAAUCACUGUGUUUUAUUUUGAAGCUCGAAAAAAAUAAAUUGAAUUAAAUAUGUAAAUUA